AUGGCAAAGGCGCUGCUCAAAGUGGAACAGCCACAAGGCAAAGCUGUGAGCGAAGCGGAGCAGGAGAAGGAGAGGGAGCUGGGAAAUCACGUCUUGCAGGGUGCCCUGAUUCUCCUUGAGGACCCAGAGUCUCGAGUGCGCUUGGCUGUGGGUGAAUAUCUGGGGCUGCUGGCCCAGCAUCAGGGUGUUGUUGUCUGGGAGGAGGCCAGUGACUCUGUUCUGGGCAGCAUAGAGCACAGCUGGGACCGUGAUGCAGAGGAGAGCGCUGCCGAGCAGAGGAGCGCGGAGGCUCCCAAUGCAGAUGGGAGCGGCAAUGGCAAUGGAUUUCUCAGCGAUCUGCUGGGAACGUCCUACAGCUUCCAAGCCCCUGGGACCGGUGACAUGCGUCAUGGCACCGAGGGGUGGCGCAGCCUUGAGACCAGCUUCAAGGCAUGGGGCUCUGCACUCCCAGCGCUGCAGCAGAUCAUGGAGGGCUGCGGCGCGGCCUUCCAGCCGCAUGUGACCCCCGAGCUGCGGCGGCUGCUGUUCCGGGCGCUGCUGCACCCCAACCGCUUCGUGCGCGAGACCUGCUACCACAUCACCGCCACGCUGUGCGCGCUGUGCGCCAGGCCGCAGCUGGAAGCCUUCGCGCCGGAAGCUGCCGAGCGGCUGCAGGACGGCCUCAGCGAGAAUUGGAGCCAGGCACGCUGCAAACACCUUCGCUUCUCAUCUGCGUGCUUUACACUAAUUCUGGCUUACCCACUUGUGAGGUAUGCGGCGUGCGUAGCGGCGCGGUCGUUCAUGCUGUCGCUGGGGUAUGCGCGCACGGCGUUCUACCCAGCGCUACUGCCGCACCUGUGCUUCAACCGCCACGACGUAGCGGAGGGCGUUGCCUCCUACUCGCAGGACACCUGGCGCCUCGUCAUGGGCUCUGAGGGCCGCGCCUGGGUCGCCAAGUGCAUGCCGCAGGUCAUGGAGUGUUACACGCGGUGCUCGCGUACAAACAACCACACAGUGCGCGAGGCGGCAUGCACGUGCAUCGCCGAACUGGCGUCCAAGAUAGACCCGGAUGCGGUGCGGCCGCACCUGCCCGCCAUGCUGCGCACGCUCAUCACCUGCCUGCGCGACGACAGCUGGCCGGUGCGCGAUCGGGCGCUGCUGGCGGCGGGCAAGUGUGCGGUGGCGUUCCCUGCCGAGUGCGCACAAUCACUCCCGGAGCUGUACCGGCUGUGGAUGGCGCACCUGGACGACAACAUCUACUCUGUGCGCGAGGAUGCUGCAAUCGCGCUGGGAGACGCUGCCCGCGCCUACAGGCAGGAUGCGCUCGACCGGCUGCUGCCCUGGCUCAGGCAAGCGUUACCAAAAGCGAAGGAACAGCCAGCAGACGCAGCGGAUGGCAGCGCGUAUAGCAGCCCCGCCAGCUCAGCGCCAAGCCAGGCCACAGCUGCUGCACUGUCACCCUCUGGUCAGCCAAAGGAGGCUGCGACAUCACCAAGGGGAGAUACGGCAGCAUCAGGGGGCGUUGCUGCGCCGGUGGGGGGUGCGCGGAAAAUAUCGGCGGAGCUGCCGGCGCCGGAGGAGGGCGGCAUGUUCCACGGCGGCCCGCUGACUAACCGCAAGAAGGACACUGGCGGCGUGGAUUACAGCUGUGGCUGCAUGGACUAUGGGUUCAGGCGGCCCAAAGAGCCGUGGGAGGCCUCUGAUGGCGCUGUCUACCUGCUAAGAGAAUUGGCCCAGGUUGCCCCAGAAACAGUGCCAGAAUUCCUGCCAGGGCUGGCAGAGGUGGCAAGCCUGCAGCACUUCUCACACUCCAGGAACCUGCAGGAGACCAUCUGGAACCAGCUGCCCGCCAUCGCUGCCGGCCUCGGAAAGAGGGUGUUCAAGAGGCACAUGGAUGCUCUGCUGGAUCCGCUCUUUGCCUCGCUGGCAUGCGAGCACCAGCUGUGCCGGGCGGCGGCCGGCAAGUGCGCGGGCCGGCUGCGCGACUUUGUCGGCCCCGGCAUCUGGGCAGGCCACCUCUCCGACGAUCAGGCCGCCGCCAUGGCGCGCAGCCCCGACGUCCCGGUCCCCACCGGUGCAUUUUCCAGGGUUGGGCUACCUUCACCGGGAGCACAGGCAAGCAUGGCGCCGACAAGGGCCCCUUGGGCCGGGAGCAUACCGCCUCUAGAGCGGCCUGUUGUGAAGCCAGGCUACGGCACGCAGUUCCCUGGAAGAUCUUAAUUCGUGCUGUCAUGCUACACAGCACUGCAGAGCAUGUGUGCGGGAGCCUGUCAUUGGCGCCGAGCAAAAGAUUCUAUGUACAGACUUUAGACACGUGUGCACAUGAGCAACUUUGCCUCUAGCAUCCACUCUGUGCAAUAUUAUGAACUUUGCCAAGUUGCUGGUGAAUGUCAACUCAUGAUCAAGGUGACUUUGCAGUGCGGUUCAAUGGCACUUGCUGGAGUUGUGACAUGCUUUUGUGCAUGUGCAUUUGGUUGCAUGCGGGUACUGGAAUAGAGUAUUUGUUCCAGUCUUGCAAAUCAACUUCUAUAUUUGCCAGAUUGAAAACAAUG